CCGCUCCAAAGAUGGCGGCCACGGCGAGCCUGAGGAAAGCUGGUUGGGGGCUGCUGCGCUGCCGAGCGGUCAUCAGAUGCCAGCUAUACCCUGCCCAGCGUUCCCUCCAUGCUGCCACAGUGUGGAGGAGAGCUUCAGAUGAGCCAAAACACCAACCCUCCCAGUCAUCCACCCAGCAGCCUCCAGAGUCUCAGUCAGUGGGAGAACAGCAUGAUCAAGAGCCUCCGUAUUCAAGGCCCAGUUACACUGAUCAGGGCGGUGAAGAAUCAGAAGGCUAUGAGAGUGAGGAACAGCUGCAGAAUCAAAUCCUGACCGCGGCUCUGGAGUUUGUCCCGACUCAUGGCUGGACAGCCGAUGCGAUUGCCGAGGGUGCCAAGUCACUGGGUCUCUCUGUUGCUGCGGCAGGGCUCUUUCAGAACGAUGGCAGCGAACUGGUCCUGCAUUUCGUGUCCCAGUGCAAUUCCCAGCUCUCCGAACUUCUUGAGGAGCAGCACAAGCUGGUGCAGCUGGGUCAGGCAGAGAAGAAGAAGACAGACCAGUUUUUAAAGGAUGCCGUGGAAGCCAGACUGCGGAUGCUGAUUCCGUACAUCGAGAAAUGGCCUCAGGCGAUCAGCGUGUUAUUGUUGCCGCACAAUAUCCCAACCAGCCUGAACCUCCUUACAAGCAUGGUGGAUGACAUGUGGCACUACGCAGGGGACCAAUCCACUGAUUUCAAUUGGUAUACUCGCCGGGCAGUGCUGGCUGGCAUUUACAACACUACAGAGCUGGUGAUGCUUCAGGACACUUCCCCUGACUUUGAGGACACCUGGUCCUUCCUAGAAAAUCGAGUAGCCGAUGCCAUGAACAUGGGUCACACAGCUAAGCAGGUGCAGGCAACAGGAGCGGCCCUCGUCCAGGGCCUCAUGGGUGCUGCUGUGACUAUAAAGAAUCUCACAGGACUGAACCAGCGUCGAUGAAGCGGAAGAGCUGGGAGAAGACCCGUUACGGAAUGGCAUGCAGAAACCUUAUCAUGAGAACGCUAAACUGUCAC